CUCACCGCUGCGUCCGGCCCUGCAGGUCUCCGGAGCCGGCCAGGAUGGCGCAGUGGAACCAGCUGCAGCAGCUCGACACGCGCUACUUGGAGCAGCUCCACCAGCUCUACAGCGACAGCUUCCCCAUGGAGCUCCGGCAGUUCCUGGCUCCGUGGAUUGAGAGCCAGGACUGGGCCUACGCCGCCAGCAAGGAGUCGCACGCCACGCUGGUGUUCCACAACCUGCUGGGGGAGAUCGACCAGCAGUACAGCCGCUUCCUGCAGGAGUCCAACGUCCUCUACCAGCACAACCUGCGGCGCAUCAAGCAGUUCCUGCAGAGCAGAUACCUGGAGAAGCCGAUGGAAAUAGCCCGCAUUGUGGCUCGCUGCCUGUGGGAAGAGUCCCGGCUCCUUCAGACAGCGGCAACCGCAGCCCAACAAGGGGGACAGGCAACACACCCGACAGCAGCUGUCGUGACAGAAAAGCAGCAAAUGCUGGAGCAGCAUCUGCAGGACGUGAGGAAGAGGGUACAGGAUCUGGAGCAGAAGAUGAAAGUGGUGGAGAAUCUCCAAGAUGAUUUUGAUUUCAACUACAAGACUUUGAAAAGCCAAGGAGACAUGCAGGAUCUGAAUGGAAAUAACCAGUCAGUGACCCGGCAGAAAAUGCAGCAGCUGGAGCAGAUGCUCACGGCGCUGGACCAAAUGCGGAGGGGUAUCGUGAGCGAGCUGGCUGGGCUCUUGUCAGCCAUGGAGUAUGUGCAGAAGAUGCUUGCGGAUGAGGAGCUAGCAGACUGGAAAAGGCGGCAGCAAAUCGCCUGCAUUGGUGGCCCCCCCAAUAUCUGUCUCGACCGACUGGAGAACUGGAUAACCUCUCUUGCGGAAUCACAACUACAGACCCGGCAGCAGAUCAAGAAGCUGGAAGAGCUGCAGCAGAAAGUGUCCUACAAGGGUGACCCCAUUGUCCAGCACCGGCCCAUGCUGGAGGAGCGGAUUGUAGAGCUCUUCAGGAACCUGAUGAAAAGCGCUUUCGUCGUGGAGAGGCAGCCCUGCAUGCCCAUGCACCCCGACCGGCCCCUGGUCAUCAAAACGGGCGUGCAGUUCACCACCAAAGUCAGGUUGCUGGUCAAGUUCCCAGAGCUGAACUAUCAGCUGAAAAUUAAAGUCUGCAUUGACAAGGACUCCGGGGAUGUUGCAGCCCUGCGGGGGUCACGGAAGUUUAACAUUCUGGGGACAAAUACCAAGGUGAUGAACAUGGAGGAGUCCAACAACGGCAGCCUCUCUGCAGAGUUCAAGCACCUGACGCUGCGGGAGCAGCGAUGUGGCAAUGGAGGGAGAGCCAACUGCGACGCCUCGCUGAUCGUCACCGAGGAGCUGCACCUCAUCACCUUUGAGACAGAGGUCUAUCACCAGGGGCUGAAGAUCGACCUGGAGACCCACUCGCUGCCCGUUGUGGUCAUCUCGAACAUCUGCCAGAUGCCCAAUGCCUGGGCCUCCAUCCUGUGGUACAACAUGCUGACCAACAACCCCAAGAACGUGAACUUCUUCACGAAGCCGCCCAUCGGCACCUGGGACCAGGUGGCGGAGGUGCUGAGCUGGCAGUUCUCUUCCACCACCAAGCGCGGUCUCAGCAUCGAGCAGCUGACAACACUGGCAGAAAAACUUCUAGGGCCAGGUGUGAAUUACUCCGGCUGUCAAAUCACCUGGGCCAAGUUCUGCAAGGAGAACAUGGCUGGCAAAGGCUUCUCUUUCUGGGUCUGGCUGGACAACAUCAUCGACUUAGUGAAGAAAUACAUCCUGGCGCUGUGGAAUGAAGGGUGGCCAGGAACCUUCCUGCUGCGGUUCACCGAGAGCAGCAAGGAAGGGGGCAUCACCUUCACCUGGGUGGAGAAGGAUAUCAGUGGGAAGACCCAGAUCCAGUCCGUGGAGCCUUACACCAAGCAGCAGCUGAACAGCAUGUCCUUUGCGGAGAUCAUCAUGGGCUACAAAAUCAUGGAUGCCACCAACAUCCUGGUGUCCCCCCUGGUGUAUCUGUACCCGGACAUCCCGAAGGAGGAGGCCUUUGGGAAGUACUGCCGCCCUGAGAGCCAGGAGCACUCUGAAGCCACAGACUCAGGUGCUGCUCCGUACCUGAAGACCAAGUUCAUCUGCGUCACCCCCACCUCCUUCAGCAACACCAUCGACCUGCCCAUGUCCCCGCGCACCCUGGACUCGCUCAUGCAGUCCGGCAUCAGCAGCGAGGGAGCAGAGGCCAAUGCGGGCCAGUUUGAGUCGCUGACCUUCGACAUGGAGCUGACCCCCGAGUGUGCGUCGUCGCCCAUGUGAUGGCUCCAGCGCUGCUCCCGGGGCCUCCCG